UGAUCGUAGGAAUCAGAUGGAGGGAGACAGUCUUAGGUCCCUUGUGAUCUUUUUAAUUAAUGUGGAGUAGAGACGGAAUGCAUCAGUCUGGCCAGCAUGAGUGGACUCACGCAUCGCAAGUACGGAUCCAAGUCAAAGUGGAGCAAGGAAGAAGAUGAGCGUUUGAAGAAUCUGGUGGAGAGCCACGGAGAUCAGUGGGAAUAUAUCGCAUCCCUCAUGCCGGGGAAGACGGAUGCCCAGUGUCAACAUCGAUGGAACAAAGUCGUCAAUCCAGCUCUUGUCAAAGGACCCUGGACCAAAGAGGAGGAUGCUAAGGUUGUUGAGUUGGUGCAUAAGUAUGGGGCCAAGCGCUGGACAUUGAUUGCAAAGCAUCUCAAGGGUCGUAUUGGAAAACAGUGUAGGGAGCGCUGGCACAAUCAUCUUAAUCCAGAAAUCAAGAAAUCUGCUUGGACUGAAGAAGAGGAUCAGAUCAUCUAUGAAGCUCAUAAGCAGUUUGGCAAUCAAUGGGCCAAGAUUGCCAAGCUCCUCCCUGGAAGGACGGAUAAUGCUAUCAAGAAUCACUGGAAUUCAACAAUGAAGAAACGAUAUGAAAUGGAGAUGGGGAUACCCACUGAGAAGCGGGUUCGACGAUCUCGUCCCAAACGGGCUGAAAGUCUCACCUCCACAUCCACUCCAGAAGAUUCUCCUGUGUAUUUUCAUACACACAUGAAUGAUGGAAGUGUGCCUCUAAUCCCAGAAGAAGAAAUUAUGUAUUCCACUCCAGAUUCAGAUCAGAUGAAUGAAGGGAAAUCUGAUGAGGGACUCCUAUCUCCAUUAAAGUAUUUGAGCAUGGAUCUCCUCUUUGAGCCCCAUAGCACUUCUGCAAAUAUUCUUAUCCCUAAGAUGGAGCCAGGCACACCACCAUCAAUAGAUGACAGUGGUAUGGUCCAUGACUCUGGAUUUGGAUCCACAGGCCCAACUAUUUUGCGGAGGGGUUUUGGAAGGCAUAGGGAGAACUCUUCUACUGAUGAUCAGGGUUAUUUCACUGAAGUCACUCCACCCCACAAGGCUAUUCCAUUCCAGCCAUCUCAGUUGCAGAACAGUCCACAACGAAAUGUGAUGGCUCAUAUGAUGGAGACUAUGCUUUGUACAUCUACCCCGGUGUCUGUGAGUGUGUCAGGUCGAAUGGGGCCUUACUCACAUGUGGAGGAAUUUGUUGACGGGAUGCCUCGCACUCCUACACCCUUCAAAAAUGCUCUUGCUGAAAUUGAAAAGAAGCGUGGACCUGUAACUGACUUGAUGAGGAGUCCAACACACCUAGUGGAAGACUUGACUGAGAUUAUCUCUAAUGAUGCAGCUUUCAAGAAUAUUGGGGGCAAGUUGCAUCAGGGAGGGGAAGGUGGUGGUGAGAAGGAGAAUGCCUCUCCUCCAUUCAAGAGGUUAAGGAAGUCCCUUGCCCAAACUUGGAGUACUCCUGGUGACCUACAGCUUUUGCACAGCUUCACACCUGAGACCCCAAGUAAGAGCCUGUUGGGAGACAGAUCAGUGAUGUUUUCACCUCCUUCCAUCAUGUCUGAGGCUCUGACAGAUGAAGGACAUUCCCCACAAGUCCAGGGGUUGUAUACACCACCUUCUCCUAAACCUUCCAAGUUAGAUAUACGGUGGGAAAUGGUGGCAUGUGGGAGGACUCCUAAUCAGUUGGACUUGACUGAGCAAGCCAGGAAAUGGGUCGGGAAUGGAGGAACCCCAAGUGGCAUUACAAGAGGAAAGCAGUUGAAUCUCUAGACCAAAGAGAAGGCCAGCCAGUGAACAAUAUGGGUUCCAAUCCCACAUAGUAUGUACAAAGACAUGAACAUUGUGGUGUAGUUGUUAAAUAAUGGAUGGAUGCUUAUUGAAACUAUCAACUAGAGUAGCAACCUGGAGAUGUUCCCCAUCUCAUUUCACAACUGUGACUGGUUGCCAGUAUUCCAUUUUAAUUGUUUUUUUUGUUAUGGCAGAGUUAGGUGGCUCUUUAUGGCAGUGCUAAUUACCUCUUAGAGUUAUUGUGUUCAAACAGAAGCAGAGAAGAGAGUGAUGAUCCACGAGUUAAAAUUUUACACAAAAUAAGAAUCAGCUUUUUCCCUUAGUGCAGCUUAUUAUUUUCAGGCUUGGGAAUGUGUUUGAAAUUGUCAUUCUCAAGUCCAACUGUGGUGGACUUGAGAUUUCUUUCUUUUAUUUUAUGCAUGGUUCUUAUUGUCUGUGACACUGUGUAAGUAAGUGACUGACUUCAGUCCAUGGCAGCUGAGUCAUCUUUGAAGCCACUUGUGAAGGAAAGCUAAGAGUGGGUAUGAUUUGAAAGAAGAAAAAACUUUUCGAACUGGAAUGAGGCACCCUGUAGGUGAUGCUACAGGUACACUAUAUGGAAAAGUGGGAUGAAGAAAAGAAAGCUAUUUUCCUUGUACAAAUUGUGUCUGCUGCUUACGAAUAUGGCA